AUGCCCGCGCCCGUAAUGCGGCCAUACCACAUCUUCCGUACCUGGAUAUGGGAGUUACUUGCUCUCGUACUGGCGACCGGCCUGAUUAGCGCCAUUACCGCCCUUCUUGCGAUAUAUGACGGCAAACCGGCACCUCAUUGGGGUUUCCGCCUCAACUUCAAUGCAUUGCUCGCCCUCCUGUCAACUAUUCAUCGCGCUAUGGUGGUCGUCAUUGUUUCCCAGGUCAUUUCACAAAGGAAGUGGGAGUGGUUUGGGCGAGAUCGCACACGCCCCUUGGCCGACUUGCAGCAAUUUGACUCUGGAAGCCGUGGCAGCUUUGGUGCUCUGCUCCUUAUACCAACCGUCUUAUGGAAGGAUGUGGUGACGUUGAUUGCUGCAAUUAUCCUGCUCGCCUCUUUUCUGGUAGGCCCAUUCGUUCAACAGGCCAGUCGAACGUCAGAGUGCUCGUUUCCUGCACUGGGGAUGAAUGCGUCAAUCCCUUUUGCUCACUAUGUUCCUCGGAGCGGUGGCUAUUACGAUAUAGCUGAAUCGCCUACAAUGGAUUAUGGUAUACCGACACCUGACAUUGCCGCAGCCAUUCUGUCUAGCAUCAUGGCUCCCGAAGGCGUGGAAAACCAGAUCAACCCUAGUUGUAGUUCAGGCAACUGUACGUUCCCAGAAGGUGACCCAGAAGGACCUCAAACCGGAAACAUCAGCGACGACAACCUUGUGUCAUACUCCACAGUUGGGAUGUGCAACAUUUGUGCUGAUGUCGUCUCUCUUGUUACUGCUAAGGACUUGGACGCGACAACGAACGAGACUCGUUACACACUACCCAACGGCUUCAAUUUCACUUACGACAGACCUCAAAUUGGCACCAAGGUGGCGGAAAUUUGGCCCACUGAAGACCUUGAAUGGAUGGCAGACCUGUUCACGCCAGAAUUGAGGGCUGCAUCUAGAUGGGCCUAUAUCAACGCCACUUUCAUGGGAAGAGGGAGAGGUGCCAUUCAAGAUAAUGCCAACCUGACUGCAGUCAUGUGUAGUUUGUACCCUUGUCUACGUACAUACACUGUUUCUAUUACCAACAAUCAGCUCGACGAAAGGGAGAUUCGAUCAGACAUCUUACAGGCUGAUACAAGAGGUCAGGAAUCCAACCCUAAUGGGAUCGAGAGCUGGAGUAGUUCGAACAACCCAUGGUAUCACUACACGGCGGUCAAAGCUCCAUGCCGCAUUGGAGAAAACGUUUACGACAAGGAAACCAUGUCCUCUCUACCUAAUGCAACCAAUUUGACUCUAUACAGUCUUGCUAAUACUACGGGAGACGAUUCCACAUCUUACCGAUACGAGUAUCGAAAUAUUUCAGCCCCCGAGCAAUGCAUAUAUCGACAGAAUGCGCAAUUCGUGAAAGCAAUUUCGACUGUAUUCCAUAACGAAAUCUUUGUUGGAGACUGUACUCUCUACAAAGGUCUGCAAUGCUACAAGCACAACUACGAGAAGAACGCAGGCAUGCUUACAGACCUUGGCGCCGGCGCUGUACUGCGGACGUUAUUCAACAAUGGUGCAAUGCAUUUCGAUGAUGUCAAUUUCUGGUUCAACUCAUUCACGAAUGCAAUGACCAACCGGUUCAGGUUUGAGUACGGCACCAACCCUUUCAACGACACAAUACGUAGCGCUCUUCUUUCUGACAGAGGCCUGGAUCCUUCUUUGAGUAAAGAUCUCCCAUCGGGUCUGGCUCAGGGCUUGGCGUGGCAGACGACUACAUGCAUUGCUAUGCACAUCUACUGGCUUCUGUUGCCUGUCAUUCUCACUUUCGUCACGGUUCUUCUCUCAGUCUGGACGAUAAUUACCAACUGGCGCCACCGUCACGAUAGGCCAGUGUGGAAGGAAAGCAUCCUGCCACUAAUCUUCUACGGUCACAAGAUUGAAUCUACAGAUGCAGGUGCUUCUGCUGCUCGCUCGCCUGAAAAUGAACUAGCAGACAAUAUAGAGAUGAUUCACCGAGGUAGUUACCGGCAACCGAACGAUACGAGUGAUGAAGAGGAGCGUCUAGUGCACGAAGAAGGAAAGUUGAUGGAGGCAAGUGAGAUGAUGGAAGUCAGCAAGAACAUACCAGUUACCUUCCGAUGGCCCAACAGCGCAGAGACGACAUCGACGGCUCUACAGCAGGAAAAGCUUUGGCUGAGACGACGGAAACCACAAGCUGUAGAAGCCGACUCGCUGCUUGGAGGGAAUGAAGAGUCAUUACAUCCCGCUUCGAAACUAAGCACCAUCUCCACGGACACUUUCGAGAUAGACAUACACAGUGAGCAGCCGCAGCAUGUCUCAAGGCCUACGAUGGCGUAUGGACGAUUGUGA